GGUUCACUCAUGCCCCCCCAUGGGCACCUUAAACAAUCUCUAUCCUUCCCAGCACGGGUGGCACCGGGCUCUGGUGGCACCUUGUCAAGGGCAGCACCCAGCCACAGGGCCCACCACAUCCAGCUCCCCUGCCGGGGUGGAGGCACUGCUGCCGGCAGCCGCAGGCCCCAUGCUCCCAAGCCAGUCCCGGAUCUGGCACCUGGCCUGAGCAAACGGACCCCCCCUGCCGUCAGCAUGGCAAACCGGGGACCGUCGUACGGCCUCAGCCGAGAGGUGCAGCAGAAGAUUGACCGGCAGUACGACCCCGAGCUGGAGCAGGUCCUGGUGCGGUGGAUCCUGGCGCAGUGUGGCGGGGAUGUCACGCAGCCGGCGCCCGGCAGGGACGGCUUCCAGCAGUGGCUGAAGGACGGCACCGUGCUGUGCCGGCUCAUCAACAGCCUGCACCCGCGGGGCCAGGGGCCAGUGGCCAAGAUCCAGGCAUCCGCCAUGGCCUUCAAGCAGAUGGAGCAGAUCUCACAGUUCCUGCAAGCGGCCGAGCGCUACGGCAUCGCUGCUACCGACAUCUUCCAGACCGUCGACCUCUGGGAGGGGAAGAACAUGGCGUGUGUGCAGAGGACCCUGAUGAACCUGGGCAGCCUGGCUGUGGCCAAGGGCGACGGGCUCUUCGUGGGAGACCCCAACUGGUUCCCCAAGAAGUCGCAGGAGAACCGGCGUGUCUUCUCCGAGGACAAGCUGAAGGAGGGCCAGAGCGUCAUUGGGCUGCAGAUGGGCACCAACCGGGGUGCCUCGCAGGCCGGCAUGACAGGCUACGGCAUGCCCCGCCAGAUCCUCUGAGCACUUGCACCGCCCCCCAGUUGCCCCCAGCACGGCCUGCCAUGGGCCCUGCCUGUGAGGGCCCCCCCUGGGCCCAGCUCCCAAACUGCCUUAACCCCCCCACCCCCGCGGACCAGCUGGGUGCCCCCCGGCCCAGGCACCCGCCCCCCGCCAGUAUUUCCAGGACCAAAGUCUUUUUUUAUUAUUAUUAUUUGGCUGGGUGUGGGCCGGGGGGAGCGGCUGCUGCACUGCCCCCCACCACCACUGUGCCUGCACCCCCCCCAGUGCCUUGGGGGCUGUGGUGGCCCCCCAGCCCUGCCACUGUGCUGGGGAGGGGGCACCCCCCCCGCACCCCAAUAAAUGGCUCCUCUUCUUUCCAAA